AUGGCUUCCCCGAGAUCUCUCGCCAUCCGCCGCGUCGCCCUGGCGCGCCCCCUCCCCAGAGCCACCGCGCCUCUCGCGGUGCAACAGGUGAGGUGGAUCACGCAGAAGCCUGGAGACGGCGACCUCGGCGGUCCGGGCGGACAGGAACCCGUGCCGUCGAGCAGCGGACCCUCGCAGAGCUGGCCGACGUUGGCGGCGAUUGGGGCCGUGGGGCUGGCCGUGGGAGGAUACCUCGUCCACUUGACCGGCAAGUCCAAGGGGCAGGGGACGACGAUGGAGAAGGGGGAGUUUGACAAGCUGGCUGCGAGGGUUACGCCGAGACAGUAA